AUGGAAGGUUAUCAGCAAUGUGCAGUGAGAUUAAGUGAUGAUCCUGAAGAAAUCUGUAAACGUGCACUUGCUGAUUCUGAAAUUCAACAAAUUCUUGAUGAUCCAGGUAUGUAUUUAAUACUUGACUAAAUGCAAGAUCAACCUAUGGCAAUACGUGAACAUUUGCGAAAUCCAGUUAUCGUACAAAAACUUCAAAAAUCAAUGGAGAUUGGUAUUAUUGCUAUUCACCAUAUUUAAUUCCAAAUCAUGGAAUAACAUUUCAUGUUGAUGCGUGAAUAUGUAGUGAAAAAAAAUAAGAAUGAUUUUCAAAUUCUUUUUUCUUAUAUUUCAUAACCUUUUAUAUGAUUUUUGCUACAUCACUCAUUUGCAAUUCCUCAGGUUAUUUUAAAAAUAAUCUAAUCAAUAAAUCGCAAUAUCGACCGAAAUGAAAUUGAUAAAACUACUGAAAUCACUAAUUAUUAAGUCUAAUAUUAAGUUUUCAAUUAUUCAAGUAUUAUUUUACAUAUUGUGCAUAUAAUGACUUCAAUAAAAUAUUGCAUCAUCUUACAUAUCGUUUCUUUUUGAAUACUUCAUUUAUAGUAAUCAAUCUGCUCGUUUAAAUUCUUUUAUUCAAAAAUAAUCAGACUGAGAAUUCAUCUUUUAAUUCAUGUGAUGCAAAUGUA